AUGGCUUUAAAACUUCCUUCCUACCAGUUAUCCACCAUGCCUCCAAAUAAAAGUAAGAGACCUUUCAGGGAGGAGGGAGAAGAAAUGGAAAGAAAGAAUAAGCGACCAAGACAAGAACAAGAGGAAGAAGAAAUGGACAUUGGUGGAUUGAGAAGUCCUUCAUCCUCCCAUAACAAACCAGCAGAGCUGUUCCGCAAGGAUUUGAUCAGUGCUAUGAAGAUGGCAGACACAGAACAACUGGAUGCUGAGGACUACCUACUAAUUGCUGACCCGUGGAGACAGGACUGGGAGAAGGGGGUCCAGGUCCCUGUCAAUGAGGAGAGUACUAAUGACCCAAACAUCAAAGAGGUCAAGCAUAAAGACAGAGCUGGAGGAGACUUCAAAAUUCCCAGGAAAUAUCUCCAUGGAUCAAAGGAUGAAACCUUCCAACAAGGAAUUCACGAGUUGACAGGCAUGCAACAGUUGGCAGACCAGGUGAUUCGAUACGAUCUAGACGACAUAGACGUCUGCUGGUUAAACCUUGUCAAUGAAAAGAGAGAGGAGACGUCAGAGAUUCUGAUAGAUGAGUGGGUGAUGGAGCAAGUCAUCGAAGCAUUCGAGGCUCAGUGCCACGAAGUAAUGCAGGUCAAGAUGAAGACGGAGGAGGGUCUGGGGAUUGAAUACGACGAGGACAUUGUCUGUGCUGUAUGUGCCUCACCUGAGAGUGAGGAGUGCAAUGAAAUGGUGUUCUGUGAUGGCUGUGACAUUUGUGUACAUCAGGCCUGUUAUGGUAUUCAGAAGAUUCCAGAGGGGAGUUGGCUUUGUAGAACGUGUGCGUUAGGAAUUAAACCUACAUGUAUCCUCUGUCCCAAAACUGGGGGAGCCAUGAAAAGCACCAGGAGUGGUACAAAGUGGGCUCAUGUGAACUGUGCCUUGUGGAUUCCUGAGGUCAGCAUUGGGUGUGUGGAGAAGAUGGAGCCCAUCACCAAGAUAUCUCAGAUCCCAGCGAGCCGCUGGUCUCUGAUCUGCUGUCUGUGUAAGGAGCGGUGUGGGGCCUGCAUCCAGUGCUCUGUAAAGGCCUGUAAAACAGCGUUCCAUGUCAGCUGUGCCUUCCAAAACAACAUUGAGAUGAAAACCAUCCUCACAGAUGACUUGGCAGAUGAUGGGGGAGUGAAGUUAAAGGCAUACUGUCCAAGACACAGCAAGAAAGGAGAGAGAAGGGGCUCCGAGUCUGAUGGGGAUUCCCCAAGGAAGAGCAUUGGUGGGUCCCCCAGGAAGGAGCUUUCUGAUGAAGAAAUUGCCAAAAUGAGGGCUGAAAAAAUGCAGCAGAUGAAUGAGGAUUUCUAUACCUUUGUCAAUGUGGAAGAAAUUGCGUCACGCUUAAACCUGGAUGAAAGUGCUGUAGACACCAUCUUUGUAUACUGGAAAUUAAAGAGAAAGGCUCAGUUUGACAUGCCUCUGUUGACUCCAAAGAAAGAGGAGGAAGAUUUACUGGAGAAGCAGCAAGAGGACUCGCUACUGGCCCGGAUGAAGAUGUUUGUUCAGCUCCGUCAAGAUCUAGAAAGGGUGCGGAACCUCUGCUAUAUGGUGAGCAAGAGGGAGAAGAUGAAAAAACAAUUCUACAAGGACCGUGAAGCUGUCUUCAUGGCCAUGAACAACGUUUUGACAAACAGCAGAUUUAAUCUUGGCCAGAGAGAAGUGAACAAAAUUGUAGAAAUGUACCAUUUUGAUAGCAUUUAUGACUCAAAAGUUUUUGACACUGUUAGAAUUCCUGUUGAAGAAGAUGAGGAAGAACCAAUGGAAGAGGAGGAAGAAGAGGAAGAUGAUUGUCCGAGUGUAUCUAGUCAUCUAGUUCCUACAGAAAUUAAGCAGGAAACCCCAAUGGACGAAGAAGAAAUUAAAACAAGAGAACAAAAUAAAACAUCCCCAGGAAAGUCAAGGAAAUUCUCAUCCAAGAAGAGGAGAAUCAUGCGCAAGAAAACUGGGAGAGGAAGUGAAGGAUACAAAGAGUUGUCGGAUGAUGGGGACACAGAAUUGACGGAUGUCGAAUCCCUGUGUAGUGAACCAAGACUGACUACUGAGCCAAGGUCACUCAGAUCUCAGAAAUCUCCAGGCAGCUCGCUGUGUGGGGAUGAGGAGCCAGUAACUCAACGUAGUAGGAGACUGACGUCAGAAAGGACCAAGCCAAAGGAGUAUGUGGAGGAUGUGAAACCUCCAGUGGAAAUCAGGCAGAGGGCCAAAAGAGAGUCAUUCACAAAGGCAGAGAGGGAGCUACGAAGGGUGUCAAAACAGGACUCCAAUGAGGAAUUCGGUGUUCCAGAUCUAGUGAAUAGUGCAAAGGCUAAUGUUGUGUCUGAAAAAGUGAAAGCAGAAGUGAACAAAUAUCUACAAAAUUCUAAACUUGUUAUACCUGACAAAAUAAAACACAGGCUUCAUAGAGGCCUGAUCAAGAACAGGACGCAAAUUGACAAUAUUGCGAGCGGCUAUGUUCAAACAUCCUUUGAAACUUUUCUGCAUUCAAGAUUAGGGAAGAGAUCUGCCCCCAACUCACCCAACACUAGAUCACCCACCCCCAAAUCACCUGUCUCACGAGUCCUCAAUGAAAUCUCACCAAGUCGGUCCAGGCACGGGUCCAGCAAUAGCAAUUAUCGAUCUCAAUCCAGUUCCCCCAAAAGGACGAAAAGCAUAUCUGAAGGAAUAAUUAAUUCUGUAGAAAAAAAUCUAGUGGAUGGUUCACCCAGAGAAACAAGAAGUGUACGCAGGCGUAUAGAUAAUGUCUUUGAUGUUUUUCAGUUGGAUUUCAGUAGAAAAGGCAGCGGGGAGAACUCGUCCGAUAGCUCCGUUAGAAGUGUACGACAGCUCCGAUCCAUGUCACCCGCGUCCGUCAACAGUGAGCUAAUAGACGUAGAAAACUUGUAUGAAUCUGAUAAUACUCUGAGGCGAGUUACAAGGAGUCAUGGCUUGGACUCGGCAGAAAAUUCCCGGGACUCGUUCACAAGUUCUCGCAGUGAAUCGUCAACAAUGCAACCACCGCCUCGAAAGGUAAAACACACGACUGCACUCAAAAACAUUCACUCGGAGCAGGUGAGCAAACUCCAGAACAAAGUCCAACAGGACUGCGAUUUAUUGGAUGACAUUAGGAACUUCAGUAGACAGAGAUCUAUCAUAGAAAAGGAAUAUGGACAGGCUCUCUUGAAAUUGACCGCUGGUUUCCUUAAGAGAGAAUUCCAGGCCACCCCUGACUUUCCAAAUGAAGAUGGAGUAGAACUGAAGACAGCUUUAGAGGUAUGGAGACUGAUUCUGGAGGAGACAGAAAAGCUGGGCAAAGCGCGUCUGCAGGUGGCUGAUAUUAUGCAGGAACAGAUAGCCGAACCUCUCAAACCUUACCGCAUGGCCAAACAGCAGAUCCAUAAGAGGUUGAUGCCCCAAUUGAAUGUUCUACAAAAUGAAGUUGGACAGACAGUAUUGGAGAUGGCCAAGGCUCAGAAAGAGUACAAUGUGGAUGAAGCUCUGGCCCACGAUGCCAGGGUCAAAUCAGAGGAACUCACCCAAAAAAUGAAUAGGAGGUCAACAGGGAUAUUUCAGUCCAAGUCCAGUCUACAGAAACAAUGUGCCAAGUUUACAUCAAGACGAGAUAUUUACAAUGCUAAAUCUGUCGCAGCCCGCAAUGAAUACCUUCUUCACAUUGCUGCAGCUAAUGCUCACCAAUCUCGCUAUUACAAAACAGAUCUCACACAGCUCAUGAAGGCCCUCGAUGGAGACAUGUAUGAGAGAAUCUUGGAAUAUUUCCACACCAUGGGCAAUGCUUUACUGGAUGUUAGUAGUAUGGAAAAAUCAGCCAGUGAAUCUAUAGCUAAACAGGCCGAUAUGAUUUGUCGAGAUUUUGACCAACAAGUUUUUAUGUACAGAAACCCAGUGUUUACGCAGCCUGUGCAAUAUGUAUUCCAGCCUUGCCAAAAUGAUGAGUGCAAUACUUUAUCGAAAGAGCAUAAUGGUGGCCAUCAAUUGGACAAAGAAGCCAGAAAAUGGGCCACAAAGAUCGCCAAGGAAACUCGCUCCUUACGACAAAAUAAACGAACUCUUCAGGCACUUGAGAACCAGUACAGAGGGGACAGGGCUUCAGAUGGGAGUAACACAUCAGAACUUCAGGAACUUGAGAUUAAGAUCGAUGAAUUGAGAGAAAUUGUACGCAAAUCAGAGAUUGGGAAAGCAAAAGCAGAGGCAAGAAUUGAAUUGUUAAGGAAAAGGGUGAAUGUGGAGGAGUGGCUAGCCAGUGCCCAGGCAGAGAGUCUGAGGGCUGAGGAGGAGGCAGAGUCCCUCCGGUCCAGUCAGGGCUCUGUCUUCACCGACGGAUCCAUGAAAAGUGACGAAAAUGAGCCAACGUACACAAACUACGUAGACUACGACGAUGAAUUUAUCGACGAGACAACUGAACCUCGUAGAGAGAAGAGCUUGGUGUUUUAUGAUAUGGACACCUACAGUAACUUUAACUACACUAGUCACUACCCCCAGCAGUGCAGAGCCAUCUACGACUUCCAGGGCUCCAAUGUGGAUGAGUUAAAUCUACGAGAGAACGAGGAAUUAGAGAUCAUUGCUGAUGGAGAUGGUGAUGGGUGGCUGAGGGCGCGGAACUCUGAGGGUAUGAUUGGAAUGAUCCCCUCUAACUACAUAGAGAUACUGAACUCAAGGGGUUCUGUAUCAAGUGGUGUUGAAAUGUCAGCGAAUGGUAGCCAUGUUGAUAGUGUCAGUUACAAUGACAGUACACAGGAAGUGAUGUCAUACUCGUCAGGCGACAUUGAGGUGCAGCAGACGACCAAUCAAAUGCCAGUGGAUAACCAUCAAAGUGGAGAUGGAUCCUGGGCGAGAGCCAUAUACGACUACGAGGCUUGCUCCAAAGAGGAGUUGUCCUUCAUUACUGGCACGCUGAUUCGAAUUCUCCGCAAGGAUGAGAACGGCAUUGACGAUGGAUUCUGGGAGGGAGAGUUGAAUGGGAAGGUCGGGGUUUUCCCCUCUCUAGUGGUGGAAGAACUAGGGGUGGAUGUCUGGAAUGACAUGCAAUCACCAGAGGAACGCCACCCCCCACCUGCUUUUGUUCCCCCUCCCCCAGUCACCAUCACUGCUGCUACCCCCGAGUCAGAAAGUCCCCCCUCCCUUAAUUCAGGCUACAGUUUAAAGACUGACUUACCCAAUGGGGACCACCAGAAUGGUCGUAAGCGAGUGCAUUUUCAGGAAACACAUCGGGAAACAUUCACCAUUUUAAAGACUUGGAAAUCUUGUCCCCGGUCAGUGGAAGAAAUGUGUGUGUUUGAGGCUGAAUUCAGUGAGGAUGGAGAGGAAUCUCUUGUAUGAUGUCAUCAGUUUAUUUAUAGCAUGAUGUCACUGUAAACACAUAUUUUAUCAUUGAUAUAUCUACGUUAUAGACACUGGAAGUGUUGCAUUACUCAAGCAGUUUAAUUUGUAUCAGAAAUAGACAUGUACUACUUUUUACAACCUCUCCAUUUGUAUUACUGUACAAAAAAAGAAUAAGGUUUUAACAUUAUUUGUAAGUUGAUCAUGACAAUGAAGGAUAUGUGUUCAUUCAACAGACCCACAAUGAUGUAAUAGUGGGUACACAUUAAUCAUGCCCCAAUGUUAUUGUUUUUGUAUAAAUUUAUAUCAAUCAUAGUGCUCUGUAUAAAACAGGAAACUGAAAAUAUCAUAUACCGGUACAUGUACCGUUAUAUAGAAGAGAAAUAGACAUUUUUACUUGCUUUGAUAUGAAAUGGACCCCUGACAUCAGGUAAAAUUUCGACCUGUUUUAUCAUGUAUUGAACAGAAUGAUCUUACUGUGUAAGAGUUUUCCAUCAAACAUUGUCAUAGUUCCCCCUCAGGAGAUACAAUAUGCAUGUACAUGUAGCCAUUUUAUGCAAUCCCCUAUUUAUGCACUCGCACAUCGUACUGUACCGGUACACUGGUUUUAUAUUUGGUGUUAUUACCCUUCAUCCAUGACCAGGGAGACUCUGUAAGGUCAUCCAUACACUGUAUACCUCGUUAGUAACUUCAUCCCCACCCUACUCAUAAGCUUUAAUAUCAUCACCCUACUCCUCAGCCUUAUCAUCAUCAUCAUCAUCGUCAUCUUGUACUCCAUUUUCACUUUCUGAUGAUCAAGUUGCUCUGAGUGAAGGAUUGUUGUAUCAGUUGUCUUUCUUGAUUUUGUAAAGCAUUUUGCUUUUUAUAUUCUUUAAUUCUUUUGUUAUGCACAACAGAAAAAACACUGUGGAAUUAUUAAGAAAAUUACCUCAUCUUUUUAUGUGGCAUGAGCAUUUAAUUUCUUUUAACAGAGAAAAAAAAAUCACAAACCUGAACAAUUUUCAACUUUUGUCACAUCCGUUGCUGUUUGUCAAUAAGUCCUGUGUGCCAAAGGGUUGACACCAUUUCUGUGGUUUGUUGGGUGUUUCCAUUAUUUAUGCCCUCUACCUGGGAAAAUGCACAUCACAUUAUUUGUCUAUCAUUGUUUUAUGAAUAUAUUGUUACAUUUAAUUUUAGUUGGAAGAUAUUUAUGUGAACUCUGUUCUUUUCUUUAGAAGGUUAUUUUCAUUAAAAUGAAAUCCUUUAGUUUACUUUUUUGUGCCAUAAUUUUUUUCAAAAUUUCGUUUCAAAAGCAAAAACAAAGUUGUGUUUAAGUGAUGUCAACUUACAUUUUUAAAAGAAAUAUGCAUAAUUGUAAUUUUCUGGUUUAAUGACCAAUAAUGUGUUAGAAUUCACAAUCAAGGAACAAAUCCCAGAGACUGGAUAGAAACAGUUUGUGCCACAUUGGUGCAGCAUGUUAUUGUUGUUUUGUUGUCAAACAUUCCUACUGGUUUUUGUUGUUUUCUUGUUUAGUUGUUGAAACAUCAAGCGUCAAAUGAUCUGAAGUUUUCUUAUAUGAUCUGGUUUAUAUUUAAAACAUAUAUGUAUACAUAAAUUCAAUAACGAAUGAAGCUGUAUUUACUUAUAUAUUGGUUUACAAACUAUGUAAUACAUUCCAUAUUAUAAUUUUCUAUGUAAUUGGUUCACAUGUAUUUGUGUAUCUAUAAGGACUCUUGCUAAGUUGUUAGGAGAUGCCACUUGUAACUUGGAUGAAAUAUGCUUUUUAAUUAAAGAAUGUUGUACACAAGACAAUAGGUUAGAUAUGUAACAUAAAUGAUGUACUUAGAAGUUGUAUUUCUUAUUGAUAACUUACAUGUAAUGCAUUCUUU